AUGGAAGAAGGAGACACCACUACCCGAAAUUUGCAGAAGGAACUAGAUGCAGCAGCUCGCGAUACGCCCACUGAUCCGUCGUCCGUCUUAAAGGACAAAUCAGGAUGUAGCCUAGUUACGCCUGAAAAGGAAGGUCGGAUUCCCUUUGUCUCGGGUAGCCCCUCUUUCGAGUUCCAGAGUGGCGAAGCUGCUUCGAGAAAACCAGUCACGGCCCCGGCUCAAGUCUCCAAUGAACGAACAUACACCAGAGACGAGGAUGGUACUUCAACCGUCUCUAAUCUGAGAAGGCAACAGUCAUGGCGUCAGGAUGGAGAUCCAGCCGAGCAUCUGAGUCGGUUCAACAACACAGCAUCUCUCCACCAGCUCACGGAAGGAGUGAAGUGCCGCGCCUUUGUCACCACUUUAGCUGGGCCGGCUCAAGCCUGGUUCGGCUUGUUGCCGCCUGGAAGCAUACACUCCUUUGGACAGUUUGCCAAAGCCUUUAUGAAUCAAUUCACUAGCUCGAAGAAAUGCAAAAAGACCUCGCUGUCGCUGUUCAGCAUCCGCCAAAAAGAGAAAGAAAGUCUUCGGAACUACAUCAAACGGUUCACUUCGGCUACGUUGGAAGUCCCCACCACGAGCGACGAGGUGCUUAUGGCAGCUCUUUCACAAGGAUUAAGGGAUGAUGAGUUCUUUCGAGCCCUAGCGCUGGAACCCUCACCUGAUUUCGAUAAUUUGCUGGAAAGAGCAUCUAGAUUCAUUAAUCUGGAAGAAGCCCGACAGCAGAAAAUAGAAGAAUCUCACCACACACUGAACGUGCGAGCCAACGAAGCAAGAAAAAGUAAGGAGCCCGUGUUGUCCCGAAGAGAUACAAUACCUGGUCGAGGCACCAUCCCGGAUGCCAAGGGAUCCCGAUAUCAAUCAUAUCAGCCCCUCACAGCACCCUUAUCCCAGGUGUUAUGCGCGAUCGAGAAGAGAAUUGACUUGCGUUGGCCCCGGACUGCCCGAGAGGAGCCUCGCCGAAAUCCCGCAUUGGGCACCUUUUGUCGUUUUCAUAACGAAUACGGACACGUGACAGAUGAUUGUUCGCAUUUGAAGGAUGAGGUGGAGCGUCUUAUUAGGGAUAAUAAAAUCGGGGAUUUUGUAAAGAUAGACCCCCCCCGAGGGCAAAAGCGCGAAGCUCAAUUCGGAAAUCCUGCGCGAGUCCCGCCUCCACCACCGAUACCCAAACGAGGAUACAUCUAG